GGGGGCGCCCCCUGGCGGCGCAGGGACCGCCCCCAGCCUCGCGCCGCCGCCGCCCGCCUCAGCCCAACAUGGCGAUGCACAACAAGGCGGCGCCGCCGCAGAUCCCCGACACCCGGCGGGAGCUGGCGGAGCUCGUGAAGCGGAAGCAGGAGCUGGCGGAGACACUGGCAAACUUGGAGCGACAGAUCUAUGCUUUUGAGGGAAGCUACCUGGAAGACACUCAGAUGUAUGGCAAUAUUAUUCGUGGCUGGGAUCGGUAUCUGACCAAUCAAAAAAACUCCAAUAGCAAAAAUGAUCGAAGGAACCGGAAGUUUAAGGAAGCUGAGCGGCUCUUCAGUAAAUCCUCAGUUACCUCAGCAGCUGCAGUAAGUGCAUUGGCAGGAGUUCAGGACCCGCUCAUUGAAAAGAGGGAGCCAGGAAGUGGGACAGAAAGUGACACUUCUCCAGACUUCCACAAUCAGGAAAACGAGCCUAGCCAGGAGGACCCAGAGGAUCUGGAUGGAUCUGUGCAGGGAGUGAAACCUCAGAAGGCUGCUUCCUCUACUUCCUCAGGGAGUCACCACAGCAGCCAUAAAAAGCGAAAGAAUAAAAACCGGCACAGCCCGUCUGGCAUGUUUGAUUAUGACUUUGAGAUUGAUCUGAAGUUAAACAAAAAACCACGAGCUGACUAUUAGAAGACACAUUAGCGCAGAAGCUUCCAGGCUGUAGAACCCUGCUUCCCUUCUCUGACCUCACAAAGAUAAACAUCCUUCACCUGAGUUCGUGGCCAUCCAUCUCUGCUCUCCUAGACCCAGUGCCUGUGACUUUGAGUAGUUUGUUUUAAACGUGGUGACAAACAAGUCAUUUCUGUAAGACGUUGGAUCUUUUACUUCAUGUCAUUUUUAGUAACAGAACUGCAGGAAGAUCAAGACAUGGUUGUAAUUCCAACAAGUUGCUAACUGUGCAUUUCUCCCUUCUUAGAAUGAAUGUCUCCCCCCAGAAUGGCUGGCACCAUCCUUAUCUGUGAUACCCAUCAAGAAAUGUUCUCUGGUUUUAUUUUAUGCUGAAAGUAGAACACAAAUCACAUUUCAGAUGGAGGCUGUAAAUAUCUGGCAUUUUCUUAUAUUGUUUUAUGUUUUCUUACUUUUCUCUUGUUUUUGUCAUCUUAUUUUCUUUGGGGUCUUUGUGUGAUGCCUUUGUACGGCUCAUACCUUCCUGCUGACAUAUCUGAUCAUCUCUUUCAUACAGUUGCCAGUAUUCAUAACUGAAAAGAAUCUGGUUUAUCAUAAGUAAAAUGGGAAACUUGGCGCUCUGUUUUUGCAAGGGAGGUCAAGAGUGUUUAUUUAGUAAUUACCUAUCUUAGAUCUGAGUUGGAAGCAGAUUCAUGUUCAAGGCACAGGAAAAAUGGAAAAACAUAAGUUUAAAUCCAUUCUUUUUAAAUAGCUAUUUUUAUUCUUUUGUAUAAAUAAAAUUCCACAGGCUUCAAAUUCUCAUGCUUUACUUUUAAACCCGAGAUUGUUUUUUUCACUUAUUUUGUUUGUUCAUAUCAUGCCUUAUAGAAAUUUCCUUUUCUAUAUUUUCUCUCUUUGCUGAUAUUCACCUGAUUAACUAUUGCUAAAAAUCACCAUGGUUGGCAUAUGGAAAGUCUCAAAAUUAUACCAAAAGUGAUAACUUACGAAGUUCUUCAGUGGAGUGAAAGGAGAGCGUCCGUGAGAGCCAUCGUUGGCAGCAGCGUUCCCUUUUGUUGGAGGGCUUGAUGGGACGAGGAACUUAAUUGUCACCUGCCUGUAGCGCUGUGGUGAUCUACCUUGGCUGCACGUUAAUCACCUGAACAGCUUUAAACUACUCGUGCUUGGAUUUCACCCCCAGAGACUGGGGCAUAGGCUAAUUACUGGGAUUUUCUUUAGAAAAGUUUUUGGGAUUCUGAUAAGAAGCCAAGUUGAGAACCACUAUAUGAGAACACUGAAUGGUUUAAUUUAAAUCCUAUGUUAUGAAUUGGUCUAAGGGAUAAGAUUUGGGGCCUACCCUUUCCUUUGACUCUAGUCAGUCAUAGUCCUUGACUUUUGCCUAUAUCUUUGUAAGAAACAGUAUGUUUCAUUUGUGAUAAUACUGGUAGAGCUGAAUAUGGAUGGCAUCUCCUGUAAAACAAGCCUGCCUUGUCAGAUGUGCGAAAGCCUUCACUCUUGUUCUCAAAUAAACUUUUGUGGGUU